GAUUGGUCCAUGGCCUUGACGCGCGCGUCGGCUCCCUCCGCGUUGUGAAGCAACUGGGCGCUGUGACCCUCGCUGGUCCCAGGCGAGGUGAGGACUCCUAGAGGUGGGAGCUUGGGGACUGGCCCUCCUGCUCCCCAUGGAGGACAGAGACACACCCACCUUUGAUGAGGACCACAGAUGCCUGGCUGGGAGGCUUCCUGUGCCGGAGGGCCCAGUCACACAGUUCACCUCUGAGCCCAUCAAGACAUUCUCCCCAGUCCAUAGACACCUGAGCAGAAAGAAUGGACUUUCCAAACUCUGCCAGAGCAGGAUGGCGCUCUCUGAGGAUAGGUGGAGCUCCUACUGUUUGUCAUCGCUGGCUGCCCAAAACAUCUGCACAAGCAAACUGCACUGCCCCACCACACCCGAGCAUGCGGACCUAGCAGGGUCUCUGGGCAGUGCGUCCUGCUGCUCCCUGCUGCGCGGCCUGUCUUCAGGGUGGUCUGCGCCCCUGCUCUCGGCCCCUGUGUGCAACCCCAACAAGGCCGUCUUCACUGUGGAUGCCAAGACUACAGAGAUCCUGGUUGCCAACGACAAUGCUUGCAGGCUCCUUGGGUACAGCAGCCAUGACUUGAUUGGCCAGAAGCUCACACAGUUCUUCCUGAAGUCGGAUUCCGAUGUGGUGGAAGCCCUCAGUGAAGAGCAUGUGGAGGCCGAUGGCCACGCUGCAGUAGUGUUUGGCACGGUGGUGGACGUUGUCAGUCGCAGUGGGGAGAAGAUUCCGGUCUCUGUGUGGAUGAAGAGGGUGCAGCGAGAGCGCGGCCUGUGCUGUGUGGUUGUCCUGGAGCCUGUGGAGAGGGUCUCAGCCUGGGUUGUCUUCCAGAGUGAUGGAACAAUCACAUCCUGCGAUAGUCACUAUGCUCAUCUCCAUGGGUUUGCGUCUGGGGAGGAUGUGGUUGGGCAGUGCAUCACAGACCUGAUCCCGUCCAUACAGCUCCCUUCUCCUGGCCGUCAUGUCCCAAAGAGUCUCAAGAUCCAGAGAUCUGUUGGGAGGGCCAGGGAUGGCACCACUUUCCCUCUGAGUCUGAAGCUGAAAUCCAAGCCCAGCAGCGAGGCAGCCCCUGAGCUGGGUUACCAGGCAUCUGUCUGGGUGUUCUGCACCAUCAGUGGCCUCAUCACCCUCCUGCCAGAUGGCACCAUCUAUGGCAUCAACCACAGCUUUGCGCUGAUGCUGUUUGGUUACAGGAAGACUGAGCUCCUGGGCAAGAAUAUCACUUUCCUGAUUCCUGGUUUCUACAGCUACAUGGACCUUGCCUAUGAUAGUUUGGUACGCCUGCCAGACUUGACCAACUGCCUGAACAUCAGCAGUGAAAGUGGGCCUGCCGAGCUGGGUGGGGACCUGGCCAGUGGUGCCCAGGAUCCUAGGGUUGACAUGGUGCUCACCCGUGAUCACAUGCUGCCACAAGAUGGUACCCUGAAGCUGGUGGGAAGACAAGAAGUCUCCUCCAGGACUCAGACGCAUCUGGAGACUGUGUGUCAGCUGCCUUCCUCUUGCUUCUCUCAGCCCUCUCCUGAGGUGGACAGCAUCCCAGAGGGAGCACUGCACACAAACCACAGCAAGCAGUCAUUACCCACAGACCAGCAAGACAUCCCAGAGGGAAGUCCACCAACCCAUAAUGGACAGUUACUACCUGCAGACCAGCCAGACACCCCAGAAAGAAGCUCACUAGUCCAUAAUGAGCAGUUACUAUCCAAGAACCAGCAAGAUACCUCAGAAGAAAGUCCACCAACCCACAGCGAGUGGUUAUUGCUCAAGGACCAGCAAGACACCACUGAAGGAAGCCCACCAGCCCACCAUGACCAGCACACUGCUGUCUUGGGGAAAGACAAUCUUGUACCAGCAGAAAACCCCAGGCAGGGACUUUUGGGAGAAAGCAGGUCGGAGCCAGUGGAUGCAAAACUGUUUCCAUCCUGUGGAGAUUCUGAGCCUCUGCUGGCAGAGGACAGGAGCAGCAGUGUGGACCUGUGUGGUCUGCGUCAGGAAGCUCAGUGGGAGCUUGUGGGCAUCAGCAGUCCUAGCAGCCCCAAUCCUUGGGCCGAUGCCACUAUGCCAGAGCCCCACAUUGCAGGGCAGCCGGCAGGAGGGGGCCUCAUGACUCACUGCCCUCAGUACACAAGUGAGUGGGUCCUGCAGCAGCGAAACCAGGACUUGGCCCCCAGCCCUUCUGGAAUGGUGGGUAUCUCACUUGGGACGCCCACUCUGGAUGAGCCGUGGCUAGGAGCCAGAAAUGACCGAGAAGAGCUACAGACUUGCUUGAUUAGGGAGCAGCUGUCCAAGUCAAGCUUUGCGGGAGCUCUGGGUUUUUCCAAUGUUGUCUCUGCAGAGCACCCCCCUUUCUGUGAUCUGGGAGGCACAGACCUGCAUGGCAGCCGCUUGGGCAGCUCCUCGGCCUGCUAUGCCUUGGCCACUGACAUCCCUGGAGUCCUGGAGGCAGUGGAGGCCCAGGAAGCUGACAUUAAUUCUUAUUCCUGGAACCUCAAGGAACUCUUUCUCAGUGACCAGACAGACCGAACUUCAUCAAAUUGUUCCUGUGCUACAUCUGAACUUGGUGAGACACCCUCUCCUUCGGUGGUGGGCUCUGAUUUAGAUGUGGAUGGUCUCCACAGGCGGAGUCCAGAUAUUCUGGGUGAUCAAGAACUGUUGCUACUGACUGGCACCUAUUUCGACCUUGGUGAAGGCCGACAGUUCCAGGAGAGCUGCCUGGAUCACAAUCAAGCAGAGCUGUCUGAGAUUUCUUUAGUGUCUUCUGAACACUAUGAAGCUAGUGACAUAGAAGGCCCAGGCUGCAUCCUUCCCACACUAGAUGCCAGCCGCAAAGACGUGUGCCCAGCAGCAGAGGAGCCCAGGCUGAGCGCCCAGGUCACCUCUACCCCCAUCACCCCUGGGGCCGCCAGCCUGCAGCCAGAGAUCCAUGAGGGCACCUACUCAGGGAGUUGCUACCACCGAGACGGCCUGUGGCUGAGUAUCCAGUUUGAAGUGAAGCGGGUGGAGUUGCAGGGCUCUGCAACCCUGUUCUGCUGCUGGCUGGUGAAGGACCUCCUGCAUAGCCACCGGGACUCUGCCACCAGGACCCGCCUGUUCCUGGCCAGCCUGCCCAGUUCCACCCACUCCAUGCCUGAGCUCCCUGGAUCCAGCCUUGGGGAGAUGCUCAGAGCCAAGCCCUGGUUUGAGGAGCCCCCGAUGCCUGCAGAGCUGGAGGGGCUGGCGGCCUGUGAGGGCGAGUACUCCCAAAAGUACAGCACCCUCAGCCCGCUUGGCAGCGGGGCCUUUGGCUUCGUGUGGACGGCAGUGGAUAAGGAGCAGAACAAGGAGGUGGUGGUGAAGUUUAUUAAGAAGGAGAAGGUUUUAGAGGAUUGUUGGACUGAGGAUCCCAAACUUGGAAAAGUUACUUUAGAGAUUGCAAUUCUAUCCAGGGUGGAGCACCCCAAUAUCAUCAAGGUACUGGAUGUAUUUGAAAACCAAGGGUUCUUCCAGCUAGUGAUGGAGAAGCAUGGCUCUGGCCUGGACCUCUUUGCUUUCAUUGACCGCCAUCCUAACCUGGAUGAGCCCCUGGCAAGCUACAUCUUCCGACAAUUGGUGUCAGCAGUGGGAUAUCUGCGCUCAAAGGGCAUCAUUCAUCGGGACAUCAAAGACGAGAACAUCGUCAUUGCUGAGGACUUCACCAUUAAGCUGAUAGACUUUGGUUCAGCCGCCUACUUGGAAAGGGGCAAAUUAUUCUAUACUUUUUGUGGAACAAUCGAGUACUGUGCCCCUGAGGUUCUCAUGGGUAAUCCUUACAGAGGGCCAGAGCUGGAGAUGUGGUCUCUGGGUGUCACACUAUACACACUGAUUUUUGAGGAGAAUCCCUUCUGUGAGGUGGAAGAAACCAUGGAGGCAGCCUUACACCCCCCAUACUUGGUGUCCCAAGAACUCAUGAGCCUCGUGUCUGGGCUGUUGCAGCCUGACCCUGAACAGCGCACCACCUUGGAGAAGCUGGUGACGGACCCGUGGGUGACACAGACUGUGAACCUGGCUGACUACACCUGGGAAGAGGUGUGUCGGAUCAACAAACCAGAAAGUGACCUCCUGUCCACUGCAAGUCUGGAGCCUGGGGGCAGAAGCCCAAGUGAAGCAACUCAGGCUCCGGUUCUACGCGGGCCUCCUGCCCGGGGAGAGGCCUCUGGCAGCCAGCACUGCUUGCAUCCUGUGGACCCCUCUCCCCCGGUUGGCUGAACACAGGGUUUCUCCUGAUCUUCUAUACUCAGUUUGGAAAAUCAUCUGGAUUUCAGGCCCCUUCCACCCAGAGAAAGUAAAUUAUUAGGAAUUGGGCCUGAUUCCCUUCAAAAAACCCACAUGGAAGUCUGGUAAAUGCUAGAAGAAAAGCCAGUGAUACUAUAUUUUUUUAGAUUUAUAAAAUAGAUU